AUGGCCGAGGAGCUCCUACGCCAGGCAGCUGUCGCCGAAGAGGAGAGGACCCAGCUCACCAUGAAGAUCACCAGAAUGGAGGAGGCGAGAGGAGCUCUGGAAGCGAAAAUCGUCGCGCUACAGCAGCAAGGGCAGGACGAAGCGAAGGUGAACAUAACCCAGGUUGGCAGAGACCUGCCGGCGUGCCCCGAUCCGUCGAACGAGUCCGAAGAGGAGAAGGAGGAAGAGUCCACACCCGACACGAAGAAGCGUAGACGCCUGACCCCGGCACCGACACCGACGGCGAAAGCGCGUAAGGCCACCAGUAAGACCAUCGAUGGCGAGCAGGAGACACCCAUUACAGGCCCGAAGGCGAAGAAGGUGAUCAGGAAGCGCCGUCUCCCGCUGCAGAAGACCAAGGCCAAGAAGGCAGCCGACUUGUUCGACGACGUGUUCGCCUUCCACUCGGGCUCGGACUGA